GAGGCUCUGCCUCCCUCCAGCAAUUGGCCAGUCACUAGCUCUUUCAGUCUGUCCUCCCCCGAGGCAGACAGCACAGGUACAACUCCCAGAAACCCCUUCCUGCCCUCAGUCCUGCUCAUCACACUCUUUUCUUACUACUUACUGUUCAACCUAGCAUGGGGCCCCAAACGGUGGUCGCAUUACUGUAUAUCUAGUGCAUCCAACUCAAAGGCUCUGUUUACACCUGGUAUUACCGUGUUUUCGUCGAUCCGAUCACAAGUGGACAAAGGGAGACACAUUACCGUUUACACCUGCCGUUUAAAUGCGUCUCUUUUGUCCACUUUCGACCACUUCUGUCCUGAUUCCAUCGAGGGGAGGGUCUAUGGGCGGGUCCCUCUGCUUUCGUCGGAACUACAGUGGGAAGAUUAAACGCACGGUUACAUAUGGAUGCGCACUAAUAUUACAUCAGAGUCCAGCUGUUUGUGUUGUUAUCAAAUGAAGAUGCUCCACAACGUGCUGUGCAUGUUUAUGUAUGGGCUUUUUCAGUUAUUUCGAUCCAGCAGACGAAAUAAGCUCACACAACUGUUGUAUACUCGCAAAAUGAGACAACGGAAAAAGCGAGGAGAGCAGCCACUUUUGUUUCUGCAGUGUUAGCCGCAAGACCUCGCUGAACGAUGUGGACUCACGCCAGAAGUCAGGACUGGUGGAAGAAUAUUGUGCUCAGUACGUUUACUGAUGACCAGUGGCUUGAACAUUUUUGUAUGCGACGACACGCAUAUAAUGCCAAACAAAGCCACUGUGCACCGCCAGUUUAUUAAUUUGCCUAAAGGAGAGAAGCUUCAGGCAAUCGUUGAAGGCUUUAAGGACAGAUGGGGUUUUCCUCAGUGUGCAGGAGCAAUUGAUGGAUCUCAUAUACCCAUCACCCCUCCUUUUGAAGAUGCUAAGGACUAUUUCAACAGAAAAGGGAGCUAUUCCAUCAUAUUACAGGCUGUCAUCGAUCACAAUUCACUGUUUACCAAUAUCAAUGUGAGAUGGCCUGGCAGUGUGCAUGAUGCCCGAGUGCUACGGAACUCCACCCUGUUUCACCUUGCAGAGAAUGGCGACCUGUUUGCAGCAGACACACAGGAAAUUGAGUGUGUAAAUGUCCCCAUUAUGCUUCUUGGAGACCCAGCAUACCCACUCUUGAGCUGGUUGAUGAAGGGAUUUCCAGACACUGGUAAUCUGUCUAGAGAACACAGGCGCUUCAGCUACCGUUUGAGCCGUGCACGCAUGACUGUGGAAUGUGCAUUUGGGCAGCUGAAGGGGGAGGUGGAGAUGUUUGCUGAAGAGAAUGGAAAUAGGUAUAUCACGGGUUCCAACCAUUAUGAGCAGCUGCUGUGUCCUACACAACUUGUGUGCAUUGCACACUGAAAAUUUUUUGGAUGCAGGAUGUGGAGGAGACUGUUGAACUGAAUGCACCUGACUUUCUAAUGCCACAUGAGAGAGCAGAACAGCCAUUGCAUGUUAGACAGGCACUUUCACGUUAUUUCUCCAGACAGAGUUGUAACUACUGAGUUUGUUGAACACUACAGUUAAAUAAGAAAUUUAAUUUUACUUUACUGAGUUUUUUUGUCUUGUUACUGUUUUAUGUUACCCAUGACAAUAAAGUUGCAUAAAAGGGUCUGUUUUA